AGCAUCAUCCCACGACAGUUGUUGCUCCUCACGGACUAAGCGCAAAUUUUCAAGUGAAGACAGUGAAUAUCAAAGUACUAACACAUUGGCGAGCAUGAACAACGUGGUAAACACAAAUUUGAGCAAUCAGCAUUCGGAGAGCAAGCAAAGCACCUGUGUAUAUGAUGAUAUUGCAAAUACACUUCGUGUCGGUUUUCAAGCCACUUUUUUUCUGGCCAAGCGAGGAUUUUUUCUAAGCGCAGACGUCGAGGGAAAGAGACACAGUCAACUCGAGAAAGCAACAUAUAACGUUACAAUUCAAGACACAUCACCAUUCAACAUGGCGAUUUGUGAAGUCGUUGAAUUCGCGAAACAAAUACCUGGAUUUACCAAUAUGUUGAAGGUUGUGGAUCAAAUCCAUCUCUUAAAAAAAGGAUUACUCGAGGUCAUGCUCAUCGUUAUGGUAUCUGGUUAUAACCCGGUCAACCAAACAUUUCUAUUUCCAGAUGGAAAACGGAAGGGUUUAUCUGAAUUAGUUUCCAAUGAUCAAUCAGGUAUUGUCGACAAUAAAUCUGUUCGUAAACUCCAAGAUAUACUGUUGCAAGUGCUGCAUCAAAGCAUGACCGCCUCGAGAGGAAUGUGGGAUAAUACUUAUGCUAGAUUAUUGAUCAAAUUAGCGGGAUUACGAACACUAAGUUUCUUAUCUCAUCAUCAACUCAGAGACUACUGUGACGCCGAAACAACUGACCAUGUUGCUGUUUCCAAAUAAACACAGAAAUCUUCCAUUGGUAUCUAAUCCAAUAAUGCUAUCAAACGGGUUUCUGCGGGGUAAACUAUUCAUCCCAUAUGCUUUUGGAUAUGUAAUUCAAGGAUACCGUAGCAAGAGUAAAGACAGUUACUUUUUUUAGAAUCAAGAUUCUUUUGGUGGUUCCUGCAAAAAGGGUAAAAACAUUUACGAUAUUUGAGUGAUACAACAGUCAUACUGGUUGAUUCGCAAUUCAAGGACGAUGUAGCAAGAGUGAAGUCAACUAUUGAAAGUAAUUCAAUACUCUUGCUUGUGUAUCCGCAAUGUAAGGAUGAUCUAACAAAAGUGAAGACAGUUAUUUAAGUGAUUCAAUAGUCCUAUUGGUGAAUCCAUAGUGCGAGAAUCUUGUGCCAGGAGUUGAGGCAACUAUUCGAAGUGAUUAUUCGAGAAUCUUGCUGCGGUGGAUCUAUCAUGCAAGUAUGAUCUGGCGAGAGCAAAAACAAAUAUGCUAAGUCACUCAAAAGUUUUGCUAAAGGACCCAGAACGCAAGAAUGCUGUAGGAAGUGUGAGUGAGGACGGCAAUCAAUAAUCCUGUCCAUGAAUUGACAAACGAGAAUUCAAUGUAGCUACAGUGAAGAAUAAUACUUUACGUGAAUCCGGAAAAUUGCUCGUGGAUAUCUAAAGCAAGCAUACUGCUGCAAUAAGGCAGUUAAACUGCGC